AUGAUCAACAGGUCACACUGGCAGAAGACUGCUUGUGUGACAGGACUUUACAUCUUCCAUUAGCUCCACGACUGUCCACCAACACCAGCACCCAAAAUGAACAUGCAACUUGAAUUGAAGAAUGUGAAUAUGAGAGCUGGAGACCAGCUGAAAGUAAAGGGGGUAAUUCUGCAUGAUGCUGAGAGAUUUGAGAUCAAUCUCGGCUGUGGUGCAGACGACCUGGCUCUGCACUUUAACCCUCGUUUCCAUGAUGACAAAGAUGGAACUGUUGUUGUUUGCAACUCAAAGGCUGCUGGUUGUUGGGGCGAUGAGAAACGAGAAAUACACAACCACCUACAGAGGGGCACCGAUGUCAAGAUGGUGUUGAAGCUGACCGGUGACAUGUUUGAAGUGGAGCUUCCUGAUGGACAUGAAGUCCAGUUUCCCAACCGUGGUGGCAUGGACAUCAUCAGCUACAUCAAAAUUGCAGGGGACUUCAAACUGACUUCCUUGAAGAUCUCCUAA